AAUAAUUUUCUAAAACAAAAAUGAGAAAUCUUUUUUGAGGAAAUCCCAAGAAAUGAAAUAACAAAUCUUUUUUUGAUUAUAUUACUCCCAUCAAUGAAAUAACAAAUUUAAUUCUCUCUUUACCCACCCACCGCCCACCCUCAUUUUUCAUUUUCUCACUGUUUUUUGUCCUAAUUUUUUUUCUUCCUGGCAAGAAAAAAUUGCAUCCAUAGCCGCCUCAAAUCUUCUCUCACAGGGAUAGCAGUGCCCAUCCAUCAUCAGGAUGGGUCUUUUGGAGAGUAGAAAACUAAUAUGGAUUUCAUCAUUGGUUUUCUGUAUGGUUAUAAUGGUUCAACUUUUCAUCCACCCAUAUGGUUAUUUUCCCUCUUUGUUCUCGCCCACAAAGGGUCAAUCAUCAUCAUCGUCAUCAUCAUCACAUGGAAGCUUCCAAGUGGGAAGUUCAACUGGAAAGGAUGGAGAUGUUAAAGAUUCUUCAGAUGGUGUUGACCCCGAGAGUGAAUUGCCAUCCAAGGACUUAGAUUUACUAAUUACCAAUUUGUCGACAGUAAUGAAUCCGGAAACGAAUGAUACGGUGGGAUCAGAUAUGAGGUAUGGAAAUAUAUCAUCAAAAGAUAGCGACAGUGGAGGGUAUAAUGGUCCAUGGAUGGAGAGAAAUGGGACGAAAGACACUACUCCGGCUACUCCCUACGUUGUGUCUCCUCCAUCUGAUGUUCAUGAAAAUACUUCUCUUAGCACAGUUAAGAACAAUGAAAAGCAAGGGCCAUCGGAGAGCCGCACUACUUCCACAGUCAACCAUUCUCCCAUUCCAGCUGCGAAGGGUAGGAUUGGAAAGAAGGAAAACCGGGCUGCGGUGUCGAUAGCUGAAAUGAAUGCCAUGCUACAAAAAAGUCUCACUUCAUUUCGUUCGGCGAAACCGCGUUGGUCAUCACGAGCAGAUCAAGACCUUGUACGUGUAAAAGCUCUGAUCGAGGAUGCACCAGUAGUAGGCGAUGCACCUGGUUUAUAUGCUCCUUUGUAUAGAAACUUUUCCAUGUUCAAAAGGAGUUAUGAACUGAUGGAGCAGACUUUGAAGGUCUACAUAUACUCGGAAGGAAAAAGGCCGAUAUUCCACACACCAAUUCUCAAAGGAAUAUAUGCUUCUGAGGGAUGGUUCAUGAAGUUGCUGAAAUCAAACAGACAAUUCGUCACGAAAAACGCAAAGAGGGCACACUUGUUUUAUCUGCCUUUCAGUUCGCGGAUGCUGGAGGAAACUCUGUAUGUCUCUGAUUCUCACGACCGUAAACCGCUGGUCAAAUGUUUGACCGAUUACCUUAGUAUGAUCAUUCAAAGACACCGUUUUUGGAACAGAACUGCCGGGGCUGACCAUUUUCUUGUUGCCUGCCAUGACUGGGCCCCUUCGGAGACAAAGCAGCUUAUGGGGAAUUGCAUAAGAGCAUUGUGCAAUGCAGAUGUCAAAGAAGGUUUCCAGUUUGGGAAAGAUGCAUCUCUCCCAGAAACAUAUGUGAAAUCACCAAAGAACCCCCUCAGGGAAAUCGGCGGCAAGUCUCUUUCCCGGCGGCAAAACCUCGCCUUCUUUGCCAGGAACAUGCACGGUUACCUCCGCCCCAUUCUCUUGCGACACUGGGAGAACAAAGAUCCCGCCAUCAAAAUCUUCGGCCCCAUUGCUAAGGCCGCAUACAUCAACCAUAUGAAGAGCUCCAAGUUCUGCAUUUGUGCAAAGGGGUACGAAGUGAACAGCCCACGCGUGGUGGAGGCGAUCUUCUACGAAUGCGUACCAGUGAUCAUAUCGGACAAUUUCGUCCCCCCGUUUUUCGAGACGUUAGACUGGGAAUCUUUCUCGGUUUUCAUCCCGGAGAAGAACAUUCCGGAGCUUAAGACCAUACUCACGUCAAUCCCGGACAAGAGAUACCGGGAGAUGCAACGAAGGGUCAAGAUCGUACAACAACACUUCCUAUGGCACCCUAAGCCCGUGAGGUUCGACGUUUUUCACAUGAUACUUCAUUCGGUGUGGCACAACAGAGUUUUUGGAAUCGCAACAACCAGGUGACACAAAUGUUGGUGUGAUUAUAGAUGUAUGUAUUGUAGUGUCUGUGUGCAGAGGUUCAUCAGAUUUUCCAGUGGAACAAAAGUUUGUAACUUACCAUGUUGUAUUUUGAUGAUCUAGUUUUUUUUUGUCCCUGUAAAUACAAGUAGAGAAUAAGUUGUGGUACGGUAAAAAAGAGUUACCAUUUGU